UCUGCUCAGAUUCUGUCAAAAGGGGGUAAAGCUAAUGGGACUUUUUUCAGGAUGACUCAGAUAACCUCAGAAGUGGUUCAAAAACAAGUAAAAAAUCUGUCAAUCGUUUGAGAAAGUACUUUAGUCAGUUUUUCAUUAUAAAAUAGUAGGGAAAUGUAAUUUUAUGAUUUAAAUUUUCUUCAAAAUUUUGAUUUUUCCCCCUGGAAAGUUCAUAACUACAUAAAUGUAGUCAUUAUUUGCUAAUUUAGUUUUAAUUCUUUAGUUUUGAAGUUGGAAUGUCACAUUUUUGACCAGAUCCAACCCCCCAGUGCUCCUCUCCAUCGCGCGUCAGAGGACGGAGGCGCCUUUAAAUGGUCAGUCUGUGCCACACCGUCUCGUGGAUCUCAUCCUACGAGGCAGCGCCUGUCCUCCUUCAGAGGGGAGCCUCCUCAGCACCUCCUCGGCGCUGUUCGUGCGCGUCCUUUAAACACAUCCGCACUCCUCCAGCUGGAGGCAGUCCCUGCGCGCACCACGACAGGAGCGCAUCGGAGCUUUGCGGUCCUUCAAUGCGCUUUGGCGCAACACGUUGGAAAAAAAACAAAACUCCCAACUGUGAUGGGAUGUUUUCCGGAUGAAGGAAACUUGGGGAAAUAUGGGAAUCAGUUUGGCCAGAAAUAUUUUUGAUCCAUGAGGAGGUGGCGCGUCGUUAGUGGUGACAUAAAACCAGUUACAGAUUAGCUUUCAGUCAGGACUGCUUUGAAGAACGAUGAUCAAGGUGUAAAAAUCGAUGAACUCCCUUCAGGACCUGCUGUCCUGAUGCACGACUUGAAAAAGCAAACAUUGCUCAAUAUUGCAUGGCGCGUCACACAUGCAUGCUUUGUUGCACAAUCUCACAACAGUCAGGUGGGAUGCCUUAACCUGAGCAUCAUGGAGCCCUGGGUUUUUCCAUCCUGCUCUCCAAACUGCUCUGAUCACGUCCUGUACGACGGGCUGGUGCAGGCCAAUGAGUCCUGGCAGAGCUGGAACGACACGGACGACAGCUUCACCCGGACCAGCAAGGUGGUCAUCACCUGCAUGUACUUCCUGGUGUGCGCCGUGGGCCUCUGUGGGAACGCCCUGGUCAUCUACGUGAUUCUGCGCUACGCCAAGAUGAAGACCGUCACCAACAUCUACAUUCUCAAUCUGGCCGUGGCAGAUGUGCUCUUCAUGCUGGGCUUGCCCUUCAUCGCCCUCCAUAUGGUGCUGGUCCACUGGCCUUUCGGGCCUGUGCUCUGCAGGAUUGUGACGACUGUCGACUCCCUGAACCAAUUUACGUCUAUUUUCUGCCUGAUGGUAAUGAGUAUCGACCGCUACCUAGCUGUGGUGCAUCCCAUUAGGUCCACAAAGUGGCGGAAGCCUCGUGUGGCUAAGACUAUCAAUGUGGCGGUGUGGGGAGUGUCGCUGCUGGUUAAUUUGCCCAUCGUUAUCUACAGCGGCACGAUAAUGAAGCGCGGCAGCUGCUUUUGCACCAUCGUGUGGCCCGAGCCUCAAGAGGCCUACUACACCGCGUUCAUGUUCUACACCUUCAUCCUGGGCUUCUUCCUGCCCCUCAUGGUCAUCUGCCUCUGCUACCUGUUCAUCAUCAUCAAGGUGAAGUCUUCAGGCAUCCGCGUGGGCUCCUCCAAGAGGAAGCGCUCCGAGAGGAAGGUGACCAGGAUGGUGUCCAUCGUGGUGGCGGUGUUCGUUUUCUGCUGGCUGCCGUUCUACGUCUUCAACGUGACCUCGGUGACGGGCACCAUCAGCACCACUCCCAUCCUCAAGAACAUCUUCGCGUUCGUGGUAGCGCUCGGAUACGCCAACAGCUGCGCUAACCCCAUCCUUUAUGCCUUCCUGUCGGAGAACUUCAAGAAGAGUUUCCAGAACGUGCUGUGUCUGAAGAAGGUGGGAGGGCUGGAUGAGGUGGAGCGCAGCGACAGCAAGCAGGACAAACCUCGCCUGAUGAACGACCCCACGGAGACCCAGAGCACCCUGCUCAACGGAGACCUGCAGACCAGCAUCUGAGGAACUCAUGCCAAACGGACUAAUAGAAUUCAUGUGGACCCAGAUGGAAAACGUUUUCUAACAAAAUCUGUGAACUGCAGGUGGAAUUUGUUGACACCUCCCAGUCCUCAGAGCGAUGAGUCACAGUCACUGAUAUUGCACUGUGGCGGCGUGUCCCCUGGGCAAUAGGGCUUUUCUCCGGACACCCAGGAUUAUGUUCGUUUACAGCACGGAGGAGGUUCCACUUUUCAUGUGUCCAGUUUUCGUGGUAACAUUUCCUAAAGGUCAUUUUGUAUGUAAAUAUUCAUUCAUUAAUUAAAUGUUUUUUACAUGUGUGAACAGUUUUACUUGUAGUACAUGAAUAUUAAAACAAAGAAAAAAAAAAGCGAUUACAGUCAGAUGUCCCCAACAUCUAAACACAAAGUAAAGCUGCUAAAAUCUAAAAAAAAAAGAGAAAAACUGAUCAGUAUUAUGUUUUUUAAUUUCAGAAAUAAAAGAGCGUGGAGUUCCUUGCAGGGACCUUUUCCUUUGAAAAAAUCCUGGGAUUGUGUUCCACUGAAUAAUUCAGCACGGAUCCAUUGUGGCACCAUGUUUUCCGUGGCCAUGUUAUAUCAGAGCAUGAAACCUGUCCAAAUAAUGUUUCAUCAAUGAUUAAUUCCUCCCCUCCUCCUUUCCCGCCUGCCCAUCUGUAAGAAGCCACCUCAUCUCUGAGCACAAUUUUCAUUGAGUUGGGUCGCGGUGAGAAAAGGGAGUGCAGAUUUCUGUGUUUUUCUUUGAAUUUUAAAGGGCCUGAACUGUCAUGUCACGACUCUUGUAAUCCAUAGCCUGCGUGAGGCUACAUGUCAGUCAUGCUCCGACACUAGAUGACAAUGUUAAUUUGUGAAGGGCUAGAACACUUAUCCAAUAGUAGUGUUCCCUUAUCAAUGUCGAGCCGCUUGGCCAAAGAGUCAAUGCUUCAUCCUUGACAACGUGUCUGUUGCUAUAGUUAGAUUACAAUCUGUGCAGUUCAUUUACUCUACUUGAACGGACUUCUACAUCAAGGCUACUGAAAGAUGUUUAUUAAUCCUCAAAACCUUGCGAGUCCCGACAAGCAUUCUGCAGCAGAAAUGCAAUGUAAAUACGCAUUUGUACCAGUAUAAGCAUCCGCACAUAUUGUGAUACUUGAACUCCACACUUAACCUUACUUUGCAUUCAAUCUCUGCAGUAUUGCUGAACUCAAUCUCAAUACUUUAGUGAAAGACGGUGUGCCUCUGGUGUCCUGUAUUUCUAUAGCAACAGAAAAUUAUUCAUCUGUAGAAGAAAUGACUUCGGUUGUACCACAUGACGAAAAGUAAACCAUAAUAUUGUCUACAUUGUGGUAUUUAGUGGUUCAAAAUGUAAGCCAGUGGAAAGAAGCAUAUAUGACACAAUGUACUGCCUAGUUUGUUGUAUAAAGCAUACUUUUUGUAUUCAAAUAAUUUAGCAUAUAUUUAUUUUAGUUUUUCAUGAGAUUUUGUUCUGCUGUGGUUUAACUUUUUUUUUUAAUUAAAUGUUUCUGUAUAAAGUUAAAUAUAAAGCUGCUCGUACUGCCUCUGCUUUGCUUACAUUCAAGCAAGCUUGAUCAGGAAAGUUUGUGCAUAUAUGUUAAAUUUAAAUAAAUUCUACAAAAUGAA